UACAACCUCAGUAGCCUUGCCUGAAAUGGAUAUCAAGAAUAUGCUUAUUCUAUCGCCAACGACUUUGACGUUUCAAGCGCCGUUUCCAUUCUACCAGAAGCGUCAGCUGAGUCUGCUCAAUCUGAGCGAGAAGAUAAUGGUCUACUCCAUUGAGGUGGACAAUCCGAAGCUCUUCGAAGUGAUGCCUGUGAGAGGUGUGUUGAACACAUACGCCACCAUUGAGUUGGCCAUUUUGUUGAAGCCAGUGACGGGAAAUCUGCCAGCCAGCAGACUGACUGUGAAGUACAUGGAGAAACCAGUGAACUAUUUAGAGAGUCUGCCACAGAAUUGGAGUGGAGCAUACACAACUCAAGUGGAUAUGUUGCUGAUGAAUUAUGUGGCAGAUGAGAAAGACUUGAAGAACAUGGCAGUUGAUGGCGAUGGCAGUCCCGAUAUGGAUGAUCUGAUCAAACGUUUGCAACGCUAUAAACCUGUGUGCACCAACUGCUGCCUGAAGCGCAAUAAUCCAAAGGGAAACGAAUCCAAGUCUAGACUAAGACAGCUCUUUUGGCCACUUUGCCUGGCUGCUUUAUCAGUCGGAGUUAUUGUUGCCCAUCAAUGUGUGGUUGCGUGGUCUGAUGACAGUGCCAACAAGAUCUUUUAAAUGUGCCACAAAGGAGAGGAAGGAGGAGGAGGAGGAGGAUGACAACAAUGCAAACCAAUUAUUGAAUUAUGCAAAUAGAAAACAAAGCCACAGGCAACGGCAACGUCUCUGCUCUGCUUUGGUUUGCUGAUAAAUCAAUCAUACGCGCCGUUGGCUGCGGCUUUUAAUCAACUUACCGGUUGUCUGGCUGAUUAACUCGACUGCUAUUUAACCCACACACACGCACAUCAUACAAACACACACGAUGUGAGUACACACUUAUGUUGCGAUUUAUUUAUAAGGCAAUUAUUGCCACAAUUAAUUUCUAA